AUUACUUCCAGUCACGUAUCAAAAAUAUCAUUUAUUUUGAUUAAGUUUUUUGAUAGAUAGAAGUAUAUGAUGUCUAUAAAUGCAAAUAAGUCAUUAUUUAUUGAUUCUUUCUGUUAUUUCAAUGUUCCUCGGACCUUUUGCAACUUUCUGGGUCCGAGAGACAGAGGCUUUUUUGAUGCACUUACUACUAGUACUUGCUUAUAAGUUUGCGAAUAGCUUCAUAGCAGUAUUAGCUAAAUAUAAAACGAUAUUUUAAA